AAACUAUAUUGAUUUUAAUGUUUAGAAUUCUAUAAUGUUGUGUUUAGGAAUCAUAUGUUUAUUUAGAAAUUUAAAAUUAGCUCUAAUGUUUGUCAAAAAAAAAAAUUUUAAGUUUGAAUUUAAGUCAAUCUCCCUAUUAAUUUCAAAAUAGUUGAAAUUGAAAAUUUCAGAAUAACUACCAAAAUCCGAUCAUUUAAAAAUUUUUUGAGUUACAAAUAACGAAUCUUUUAAAGUUGCACAUGAGUUUUUUUAGUAGAAUUUAAACAUGUUCAAAUUCAAUUGUUAAUAUAUCGAGUCAAUAAUAGAAUUCAAAUCGAACUAUAUAGCACUAAGUGAUCAUGUCAUCUAAUUCUUUACUUUCACUCUCUAUCUCUUUCCUCUCUCCAAUAGCAAACAUAAAUACCGUGGGUGGAGCAAAUACUAGAGGUCUUACUUACCUUUUGAUAUAGAGAAUUGAGGUCCUUUGUUAACAAUUAAUGGUAAAAUAGGAAUCAAUAUUUUCACAAAAAUUUAAUGAUUGUUAGGUUUUGAACUCCUAAUAAACAAAAUUACAAAAAAAUAUGUCACCAACUAAGCUGCAUAUGACUGAUAAACUAUAAAAGAGUUUGUUAACAUAUAUAAGGCCUCAAUUUUCUAGAAAAUCAUAGGUAAUGAGACAUCUUAAAUGGGCAUAGAACCGCCCCUAAUAAAUACAUAAUGCACAUUUUCCUUUGUCGCAUACCUGCAUACCGCGUAUGAUAGGGACCAAUGGGGUAUUUCAAACUUAUUAGUUAACAUUGUUUGGCAUUUUUGAUAGAAAAAAUUUAUAUUGAAGUUCAUCAUAGACAAAUUGACUUGGUAGUUGUCCUAUAAAUUCAAGAAUAUGCUCAUAGUUAGUACCAACUAUACUACCUCUAUAUAAUGGGACAUUUACCAGUUAUAAAAGUAUAAUGAAAAUUAAUUAGAUAUCAAGGAAACACAAAUCCAUUGAGUAUUAGUCUUUUAAAAAUAUUACAUACCCUUGCCAACAAUCCAACAAUGGAAAUUGUCAUCUUGUUAUUCAUCAUAUUAUUAUUGUUAUCCCUAAGCCAACCUUUUACGGAGGCACAACUUGUUGGAGUAUGCUAUGGAAGAAUAGCAGACAACUUACCGAUGGAAAAAGAUGUGAUAGACCUCUACAAAUCCAACGGUAUAGGAUUAAUGAGACUCUAUGAUCCUGAUCUAAUGGCUCUCAAGGCCCUACAAGGAUCAAACAUCAAACUCAUGCUAGGAGUUCCUAACGAAAAGAUUCAACCUUUUGCAUCAUCCAAUCAAUCACAUGCAAUGCAGUGGAUUGAAACAUACGUGGCACCAUUCGCACCAUCGAUCAAAUAUAUAGUUGUGGGGAACGAAAUUCAUCCGUCCGAUAAUCAAUCAGUAUUUGUUGAACCAGCCAUGAAAAAUGUUCUUGAAGCAUUGAAUUCUUAUAAAUUAAGUAAUCAAAUUAAGGUUUCUACGUCCAUUGAUACAACCUUAAUUAUAAAUUCAUAUCCACCAUCUAACGGUCAAUUUAAUGACACGUCAUAUUCAUAUAUUACCCCAAUAAUUAAAUUUUUAACAAAUAAUGAAUCUCCAUUAUUGGUUAAUAUUUACCCUUAUUUUGCUUAUGUUGGAAAUGAGCAAAGUAUUAGUCUUAAUUACGCAUUAUUUACUUCUAAUGGACCCGUGGUUGAUGAUAAAGAGCUAAAAUAUCAAAACUUAUUUGAUGCGAUGGUGGAUUCAGUGUAUUGGAGUCUAAGAAAAGUUGGUGCACCUGAUAUGAAGAUUGUUGUGUCGGAAACUGGAUGGCCAUCCAAGGGUGGAGAUGCUGCCACGGUGGAAAAUGCAGAGAAUUAUUAUAGAAAUUUGUUGAAGCAUGUAAAGAAUGGAACUCCAUAUAAACCACAGGAAAUUGAAACUUAUUUGUUUGCCAUGUUUGAUGAGAAUAAGAAACUGGGGCCUGAUUCAGAGCGUAAUUUUGGACUUUUUACUCCUCAGAAGUAUCCAAAAUACGGCAAACUCAACUUUAUUUGAUAACUUUUCAGAUCGGUGCUGAUCAUAAUUUUUGCGAGUGAAAUUUAAGUUUAUGUUGCAUUUUGUAUAUGUCAGUUUAAGGUUAUAUUGUUUCUAGAGAUAUUCAUUCGGGUAAUCGGGUCGGUUUCGGAUAGGUGUCAUUCGAUUCGGUUGUAUUUAUAUUUCGGAUGUGUGUUGCGACGGGUCAUACUUGGGUCGGGUCGGUUAGUCAUGGUUCGGUUGAAGAUCGGUUAUUCGAGCUAUCGGGUUAGCAUCAAUCCGGUGUCGGUUGAAGUAUGUGUCGAGUUUCAAUCUGGAAUACACGGACACGCCACUGAACUUGCGUGUCGCGUGUUGAAUACGUGUCGGACACGGACACGCGAAAAUCCGUGUCUAACACGCCAAAUGAAGUGUCCAAUAUUUUAAUAUUUUUCCGGACACGCGGACACGGCAACGACACGGAAGGGACACGGGGCAAGGGACACGGCAAGGAGUCAAGGACACGUUUUUUAAAAAAAAUAUUAUUUUUUAUUUCUACAUGGUGUUGCCCCACCUCCGUUCCCAUUUUUUUGUAUAUCCUCUUUGAAUAUUUGUUAAUUGUUAUUUGUUAAUGUUAAAUUAUUAAUGUGUUAUUUGUUAAUCUUAAAUUCUUAAUCUUAGUGUUUGUAAUUUGAAUUUUGAAAAGUUGAAAAAUUGUG